AUGACUCUGGCAGCAACGGGAAGCCCUUCCAGCGAGUUAAAAAUAACCCCAACAUCCGAAACAGGCCAGAAUGCAGCUAAGCACUUGAGCACCCAGUCACAAUCUGGUCAGGCAUCAAAACCCCAUCCCGAUUCCCCAGCAGAGCAAACAGACGAUGACGAUAUCGAAUAUCCCCAUGGUCCAAAGUUGUAG